UGUUUUUAUGUUUUAGAUAUGGGUUAACGCAGUAGGCCAAAAUUUAAAUUCUAUGGGCAUCGCUUAUGGACUCGUUGUUUCGUUUGCUUCCUACAAUCGUUAUGACAAUGACAUAUUGGUUGACACAUUCACCAUAUCGUUUAUUAAUGGCUUGGCAAGUUUUGCAGUGGGGCUUUUUACUUUUGCAACUUUGGGCCAUGUGGCAAAAGAAUAUGGCGAAUCUGUAGAGAACGUUAUAUCAAAUGGACCAGGUAUUGUCUACAUUCUUUUUCCAGAAGUACUUUCAAACAUGCCAUUUUCCACUAUUUGGACGAUGCUUUUAUUUUUUGCAAUGUUGUGUUUAUGUCUCAAUAGUGAGUUUGCAAUUGUUGAAGUAGUAGUAACGUCAAUACAAGAUGGGUUCCCACGAGGAAUUAAAAAAUAUUUAAGCUGUCACGAAGUUUUAGUGUUGGUUGUUUGUCUUGCAUCAUUUUUACUUGGACUUCCAUUUGUCACUCAGGGUGGUAUAUAUUUAUUCGAAAUAAUUGAUUAUUACAUCUCUACUUGGUCAAUGAUUUACGUUGCAUUUUUCGAAGUGAUUGCUGUCUCCUGGAUGUAUGGCUCAAAUAGAUUGUCAAAUGACAUAUUGAGAAUAUCAGGUUCAAAGCCUUUAAUUUUUUUUACCUUCAGUUGGUAUAUUACUACUCCGCUUAUUUUAAUGUUAGUGUGGAUAUUUAGUAUAAUAGACUAUGAGCCACCAACAUAUUUCAAUGGUACACAAAAUUUUCCAAUAUGGGCUCAUCUAGUUGGAUGGUCCAUAGUUCUGAUCUCAUUAGCAUGUAUUCCUGUUAUGUCAGUUUAUACGUUUCUACAUUCCGAAGGACAUACAUUUUAUCAAAAAUUGAAAGAAUCAAUUAAACCUCGAUCAAAUUAUUUUGGAGAGUUACCAGCAUUAUCUAAGGAUAAUUUAAAAGAAAUGACUACUUUAAUAGAAUACAAAGUGCCAGAAAUUCCAAUUCCAAUUUAUACAACAAAUGGAAAUCAAUGAAUUAAAUAUAUAAUUUGUGAUUAAUUAAAUUUUUUUGUAACUAU